AUGGUGGAGACCCUCGGCCCUCUCCCUGCUCGUCCACCAACACCUCCGAGGCCAGGUUCACGAAUUGACCAGAAUCAACCAGUUGAAGACACCCCAAUCACCGCUCAAACCCCGGGAGAUACGCCUCAACCGGCGCACUCUUCCAGGGCUCCUCCCUCCAGUCGCGCCUCCAAACGUGUCACCUUCUCACCAUGGCUGCAAACCGAAAUACACUCGCCCUGGACUGCUAAAUCAGCCGAUUUCAAAGAUAGUCCCAUCCAGGGCAGCCCGUUACCAUCCGAAAUCAGACCCUUCAAGUCCAUCCUCAAAGAGACCGGCUCGCCCAUCCCCGUUUGGUCGCCGAACGUCGACAAGUUCACCACCGAAUCCCUCGACAUGCUCCUCGAAUCCGUCACCCAGCAGCUGGCGGGAGAAUCCCUCACCUCUCGUCUUGACGCAUAUAUGCAAUUCUUUGGCGCUCUGAGGACAUAUGACGGACUACCGGCGGGAAGAGACGUCGCAGAGAAAUUGGGCUUGAUCACCGGGUCCAUUCAACGCGAUGUCACCCGCGACUUGGUCAACAGUGCGCCUUUGGAUACCAAUCUCGCCAACCAGGCUCUCAAGCUAUGCGCCGCAUUCGUUUGGCAUAAUGACAUUUCAGCCCAACUAUCGGAAGAAUUCAAGGUCUUCAUCGUCGAACAGGCAAUCACUUCCCUCCAGGAGGCCAAGGUACCAAAGUCCGUUCUGACCCACUACAUGUCCAUCCUCUCUACUCAAAACUUCGGUCUAAAAAUCAUGACCAACACCCGAGUCACGCGUCUUCUUUCGGCAUUACAAGAUGUCACAAAUCACGUUACCGGCAAAGCGAUUGCUCUCCACCGACUCAGCAUAUACCAGAAAUUGUUCGCCCAAUCCAAGUCCUCUUUUGUCUCUCAGGCAUCGCUUUGGAUUGAACAGCUCAUCUUUGGGCUUCUCCAUCCUAUGAAAGAUACUCGACUGAAAGCUGUUUCUCUCGGGUUCCAAAUUGCGAUGACAAUGGGGCCGAACAUUACGCUAUCUAAGAGCAUUCGCGAACUGUUCGACCGGUCACUUGAAAAAGACCGCAAGCUUGUGACAGAGGUCCGGGACCGAAUGUCGCGAAUGAUCAGCACGGUUGAAAGCGGUGUUCACAUUCCCCAGAUCUGGAGCAUUAUCAUUCUGCUUCUAAGGAGCAAGUCACGCAGUCUCGAUCAAUGGGAACAUUUCAAAGAGUGGGUCUUGGUUCUUCAGAAAUGCUUUAACUGCAGCGAACCCGCCAUAAAGGCCCAGGCAAUUCUGGGCUGGAAUCGCUUCGUUUUUGCUGUUGGCCCAACUGAGUCGACCAGCCGGUCGCUACUCAAGAUGCUGGGAAAACCUGUUAUCUCACAAUUCGAACGUAAAAAGUCGGACAGGUCAGCAGUGGCACCUACUCAACUCGCUUUAUCCAGCUAUCAUAACCUCUUAUAUUACGCCUUCCGCCCUUCGCCUUCGCAUCAGUAUCUCGACCUUGUCUGGGAAGAGUAUAUUUUGAUCCCUGCCACAGGCGUAUUUGCCACGUCAUCCGCUCUCAGUGACAGUAUGUCGCGUGUCAUGGCAAACCUCUUGUCGGCUUCACAGGCCAAGGUCUGGGCUGAAACUCGCAUCAAUGACUCUUCCAAGAUCGAAGCCGAGGAACUGCCUUCUGUUGACCCAAGAUGGGUGCGAUCUAGAGCCGCAUCAAUUGUCCGGGCCUUUGAGUCAAUUCUCAAGUCCUCGGUAUGGCAUGAAGAGUCCGUCGAACGCUCAAAUAUUGCUAUUGCCUGGAGUAGUUUUUGCAACGCCCUGGCUCUGGCCUCGAACAAGGAAAUAACACCGUCAGGGGAAUCUAUGCAUGCUGUCGCCAGUGUUCUCGGGCUCUUGAAGCGCAUCUGGUCUGCUGGGCCUCCAUCCCUCAAUGCCAUUGGCGACAACUGCUCGGGGGCCUUUUUGGAACGAUUUCGCUUCUUGUCAACCACCGUUAUUGGUUCGCUUGGUGGUAUUAAUUUCACCGAAAAACUUCUUGUCAAAACUAUGGAGGAGAUAUUUGAAGCUGAUAACACGCCAUUUCAACGAGAUACAGCACCGGGAACAACCCCGGACGGCCCUAUCCUCCAUCUUCUGCGAGAAAUCAGCUCUAAUUCCCCUGCUGUAACGCCAACAUCCUCAUAUAUCGAGCUCGUGCGUAGCGCUAUUGAAGCUGCUUGCAAGACCAAAAUUUCCCGUGGAUCCCGGCUUGAGCUACUGGAGCAAUGUGCAAACUUGACUGGACCCGAUGUGGAUCCAUCAUCUAGUUCCUCGAGCCUCUCCGAUGUCGUAUGGAAAACCAGUGCAAAAGCAGCCGCAGAUGCUCUGCAGUCCUUCCCAAUCGAGUCCUCUCGUGAGCGCGAUGGUUCGGUUUCCCGUGACUACGAAAACGUCACCAAAAUCUUGGCAAAUGUCGUACAUAUGCCAACCGCUUACCCUGAGUGGGCAUACCUGUUAGAGUCAUUUGUGCGUGUGGUUCGGACAGAGAAGGGCAAUCAUUCUCUAGCUACUCUGAUUGUGGAGCCUAUUGCUGAAAGCCUCGCUUCACUUGCAAUCUUCGACACCUACCUUCCAGUGACAGUAAUGCUGAGUCACUCUAUGUCCAUUCCUUUCAUGCAGGACAAAAGCCUGGGGAUUGACGGUAUCUCCCAUCAGGUGAUCUCACCCUGCCUCCCUCACAAACUCAUCGAAUUGGUCAAGAAUACCUUGCAAUCAGCAUAUGAUUCCUUUGACCCCUCGGAAACUCACCGACUCCCACACUUUCUGGAGUCUCUAACCUCAUUUCUUGGUUCCGGUAAUUCAUCGUUUCGUGCUCAGACACUUGAAUCGCUGCAGUCGCCUUUGGCCCUAUGGAUUAAAGAUGAACAUUGCAAAGUUGAUUUGACGCACGGUGCAGAUAGCCGGACUUUGACAGCAUGCCGAGCACUCUCAUCCUCUGUGAUCAACGUCUUGUAUUCCGUACCCGACGAAGUAUGGAUUCAUCGCAAGUUCGAGACCAUCAUUUGUGCCGGCCUUGAGUCGGCUCACCAUUCACGAUUCAAACGAUUUGUUGAGUUCUGGGAAUUCACCGCCAGUUCAUUAGAACCCGCUAUUUGGGGGACUCCUAUAGCCAAGUCUCUGGAAAGGGCCAUGGCCAAAUGGGAUGUCAAUGCUGCACAACAGAUGGAAACCUUGCAGAACUCCCAUGCUUGGCCCUCCCACAAGCAAGACACGACCAACAACCAGCCCAAGAAUAAGCGACGCGUAUCCCAAAACACCCAGUCCCGAUCUGCAAACAUCACUUCGUCCCCUGUCGUUGGAUUUGAACAUCAAUCAUCUCUCGAGACAACAGAAUCAAAUGAGCCUCAACUCCCGGCAAAUACGCAACCAGAGGCCUCUAAAGAAAAGCCCCUGGAGGAUGUGCCAACAAUCCAACCCCAGGCUAAUAGACGUGAAAUGUUUAGGAUGAUUGAAUCCAUCCGGUCUUCUUCUCCUGCAAACACACCCGGAAAAUCGGGAUAUGACACACCUGUCCAUCUGCGACGGUUUCAGGCUUCGAAUACUACUGCUGGAAUUCCCCUUACUCCCACUCUAGCUCCAACAGAAAAUGAAGAAGGCUUCAUUGGAUCAUCCCCUACCCCUGCCACCAGAGAUCCAACCCCCGCGGCGAACAAGGAAGCACCGAUCUUAACGGUUCCUGAUGUGGCAAUGAUGGAUGCGUCCGAUCUUCCAUCAUCGCCCCCAGAAGUUACUUCCCGAAGUCCGAGUCCACAGAAGCGAAAUCGGCAGUCUAGGAGUCAACGCCGCCGAUCUGCUAAAAUCAGAAAGGCAAUGCUACUGAACUCUUCCGGGGAACAAAGCGGACCAAACAGCCCUGUCAAACCUGACAAUGAUAUCACGAUGGAAUCGGCACCUCUCUCACUCGACCAAAAGGAUGAUUCGAAGGAAAAUGACGAUGCUUCACAGGUGGACGAAAGGCCGCCUAGCCGGCGAACUCGGGCUGCACUCGGUCAAAGCAUAGACAACAGCCAAAAUCCCGUUCCACCGGUGAUUGUUGAAACCCCUGGAAAGUCGAGAGAGGCCCCUGCUACGCAAACCCCGCGAUCCAAGUCUGCGUCCAAGAAGAAGAGAAAGAAGAGCGCGUCUAGAUCUCCUAGGAAAAAUAGCCAGACCGAGCAGACUGCUGGUGAAGCCUCUACUACCUUGGUACCAGCUGAGAACAACUUGGAUUCUUCUAGUGAGGAAAUGGAAACUCAGAUUGCGUCCCAGUUAGAACAAGACCUAGAGUCUGCUGUGGAUCUGGGUGGACAAAUUAACCUUGUUGGUGAUAUCCAAACCAGCGAGGAGCAAUCAGCCACACAGGCGUCUCAGGAAGAGGAAACAGACGGUCACCCCCCCCGGUCCACUCGCAGCUCCCAGCGGAAGGAAGAACUCAUUGUGGAAGAAUUCCUUCCCGCAACACAAGUUUUCGAAACGCAAGAGCCCAUCCAGGAGCCUAUUCAGGAGCCUCUUCAAAAGCCUGUUCAGGAGCCUCUUCAAAAGACUGUUCAGGAACCUCUUCAAGAGCCUGUUCAAGAGCCUGUUGAGGAGAAUGUGCCAGCACCAGGACCAACACCAGCAUCGUCGAAGCGAUCUCGCAAGUCUCUACGCUUGGAUGACCAACCUCCAACACCUGGUCCCGAAGAAGCACCACCGACUAGGUCUAGGCCACUUCGCUCUCGCAAGUCACGGUCGACCCGAAAUGACUCCGCGUCUCAAGACCAGCAUUUUCAGCCAGAAUCUCAAGCUGGCGAUUCACAGCCUUCCGGGACUCAAUCGGACUCCCAGGCCGUGGUUCCCGAGAGUAUUAUUCCCGAAGAAAACACCGCAGUCCCAGAUGUUCCUCUCGUUUCCACCGAGGAGGCCACUGAUUCCCAAAUGACGGACGCAGACGCCUUAACCCAGCCUACAACCACCAGCAACGAUAUCCAAACCAUGGACAUCGACGUGAUUCCCGAAGAAGCACCAGCAAUUUCGAGUCAACCAAUCACGAGCGUUUUCACAGCUGAAGUCCAGACCAAACCAUCCCCCAUCCCAGACCCGGGUAAUGCCGAGACGGCCCUCACUUCAACCUUGCAGAAGGUUCUAGAUGAGAUGAAGACUGCCACUCUGGGCCCCGAAGCCCUCCGCCAGGUAGAUGACCUUCUCUUUAAUAUCCGUGUCGCCGCCCACGAUGCAUCACGGCGAAUUUAG